AAUGAUUCAAUAAUUGAGUUUUUCUCAAGUCAAGCUUUGUGAACAAACCAGUCAACUUUGAACUGCCCAUAUUUCAUUCCAACAACUUACUUUGUAUCAGAAAUAUAUAUUCAUUGUUUACGCACAUAAAAUUGUGUUACAAUUCCAGUUAUCUAGACUCCUUCCACAUAUCUAAUCGUUAUAGUGAAUUCAACAAAUGGCAGAAGCUUUCCUUCAAGUUCUGCUAGACAAUCUGAGUUCAUUCAUCCAAGGGGAACUUGGAUUUUUUUUUGGUUUUAAGGAGGAGUUUGAAAAGCUUUCAAGCAGGUUUACUACAAUUCAAGCGGUGCUAGAAGAUGCCCAGGAGAAGCAAUUGAAGGAUAAAUCAAUAAAGAACUGGUUACAGAAACUCAAUAUUGCUGCAUAUGAAGUUGAUGACAUCUUGGACGAAUGCAAAACUAAGGCAGCACACGAUUAAAGCAGUCUGAACGUGGGUGUUAUCAUCCAAAGGUUAUCGGUUUCCGGCACAAGAUCGGGAAAAGGAUGAAAGAAGUGAUGAAAAGACUAGAUGCAAUUGCUGAGGAAAGAAGAAACUUCCAUUUGAACGA